AUGUCUUCCAAUCCCCACAAGCCUCUUACCAACGCGCAGAACUUUAGCUCGGCGACCAAGGACUCUGAGUCGAUCCGUAUUGCACACCGUCAGUCGACGGAUACAGACUCUUUCAUCGGGUUGGUCAGUAGCUUAACGUGGAACGUGACAUGCACUGAACUCGGGGAGGAUUAUAUUGCUCGUGAAUUUGACAGCCGUAUGACUGAUCCUCUGGGGUUGCACGAUGAGGACUUUCCCUCGUUCAUCAGCGAACCAAUUGCCCCGGGAUAUCACUGGCGCACUGACAGCAAGCCCGUGUGGUCUUCACUCUCCUUGCUUGGUCGUGAUACGAUUAUUGGGUAUGGAUGCCGUUACGAUGCUACGGAGAAACGUCUCCUUGGGCCCGACAUGGUCAUGAAGACGGCUUGGCGGCAGAGCGGUCGGAACCUGGGGUCCUCUAUCCAUCACGGCGCCCGUAAUGCCAGUCACCCCGCACUCGCUGAGUGCAUCGCUGGUGAUGGCGUCAUCUACCCUCGACGCGAUCUCUUGGACGACACUCCAGCACAACAUGGCAUCUCUGCUCAUCUCCUCCACAAUUCUGCUCCCGUAGACGAAGCUAAAUCCCACGUUCUCCACCGGUUGAUGUUGAAUAUGAUUGGGGGUUCUGUCUGGACUUAUACUUCUGACCUCGAGCUUCUGAAUGGGUUGCGUUCGGCCGUGCAAGCACACCGACUUUUGUUUGACCAAGGCAUUCUGUACCACGACAUAAGUCCGGAAAAUAUUCUUCUAACGAAAGACCCUAGAAACCUCCAGCCCGGACGUGAAGGUUUCCUCUCAGAUCUGGAGUUUGCUCUUGUCGAAGGUGACCAUCGCUUCGAACUGGAGACGACGCAAGCAGGGACUAUACGGAACAUACGCGAUGUGUCUGGCGAUGAGCCUAUGGGUUCUGCUGCGAAGCGUGGGGCUAUUAUGACGGGUACAGUUCAAUUCAUGGCCAUCGAUAUACUGCAGGCCAUCGUCAAGAACAAAUCGAUUGAACACACUGUCGAACACGAUAUGGAAUCCUUCGUAUGGGUCCUGGCGUACGCGAUCAUGCGAAAGAUCAUCAAGGUUACCGAGGCACCCGAAACGGCGAAAAAUCCAUACAGGCAGCAGAUAGUAACUGAUUUUCACCAGUCCUUCGGUCGCUUGUCGGUGUUGGCUAUAGCAAGCUCUCGCAAGAGUUUCGGGCCGUUCCAGUUCAUCGUCGACGAUAGCGAGGACUUUCUUCCCCCCUAUCUUUCUGACCCGCUUUCUUCCAUGCUUUUGCAUCUGAGGGGAAGUAUAAGAGCCAGGGUCGAGGCCCCAGCUGUGAAGAAGGCUAAAACAGUUUUCCAAUACGAUGGACUACAUGCACCUGCGAUUCCUAUACUGACGCACGCCUGGCUUAUCACCUACUUCAACAACGCCAUCCGUGCGCUGGAGAACGAUCCGUCGCUUCAGAGAUGA